CGCCUCUCCCGGCAGGCUGACGGCGAGACGGUGCGCUCAGUGACAGACUGUGUGCGGGGAUUGGCGCAGCGCAGAUCGAGCCUGAUCGACCAUGGCGGCUCGUCACGAGUUCCCGUUCAAGGUGCGUCCCGUGCGACGAUGAAUUCCAACAAGAAGGUGGCUAAGGACUUCGGCCAAGGCUUCCCCAAGGGGUUCGUUAAGGUGAACCACUGGGACUUCGCUCUGAUGGGCCACGUCACCGAGGAGAUGCUGGCACAAGCCUACAACCAGCCCGUGCAGAAGGGGGACGUCUGGGUGGUGACGCUGCCCAAGUGUGGAACAACCUGGACCCAGGAAAUGGUUUGGCUCCUGGCAAACGACGUGGACUUCGAGGGAGCAAAGAGCCCUCUUCACGAAAGGUUCCAUUUCCUGGAGUUUGCCAUGCUCCAUGAUCCCGACCACGUAAAUCGCUUGGUCGCGAAAGCCAAGGAGCUGAUGCCACAACUGCCCUUUGAUGUAUCCUCCCUAACAACUAUGCAAUUGGGGCAUCGGCGCUUCGUCAAGACGCACCUGCCCUUGUCCCUGACUCCACCUGAUCUACUCAGCAAAGCAAAAGUGGUCUACGUAGCUCGAAAUCCGAAGGACAUGCUCGUGUCGUACUUCAACCACCUGAAACUUCUGAAAAUGCAGGGGUUUGACUCCGAUUUGGAAACUCUGUUCGAGUACUUCAUCAAAGGGCAAGCCCUGGAGGUGCCGUUCUUCCCCCACGUGCUGGAGGCGUGGAACCUCAGACACCAUCCGAACAUGUGCUUCUUAUUUUUCGAAGACAUGAAACGAGAUUUGAAGGGGUCAGUCUCCAAAGUGGCCACUUUCCUUGGAAAGACGUUGUCAGAGCAGCAGCUAGACGAUCUGGCACACCAUCUCCACUUUGACAACUUCAAGAAGAAUCCCUUCGUCAACAACGAAGUUUUGAAGAUAAUACCGGGGUUUGCUGACCCAGAAAGGUCAUUUGUAAGAAAGGGCAAGACGGGCGACUGGAAGAACCACUUCACGCCCGAGAUGGGGCGACGCAUGGACGCAUGGAUCGCCGAGAACCUACGCGGCACUGACCUCACCUUUGUGGACCAGCUGGCGAACCAGUGAAACUCCUCGCUGCCCAUCUCGUCGUGUCCCAUUCUGCCAUCGUUCAGACAGUGUGCUGGCCAGUGAGAGCGCAUGUGCAGCUUAAUUCUUAUGUUAUGAGAGAUAGGUUAGAAGUACGAGUGAGCCAUGCCAGCAUGCGCUGACGGCUGUCUUAUCCCACGAAGGCGGUUUGCAGCAUGCAGCUGGAGUACGGCAGAAGUUUAGACAUUGCGUGAUGGAGUGGGAUGUAGCGUAGUGGUGGUAAGAGGCGUCACGUACCCGGUGAAAACCCCUUUCAAGCAUUCAAUGGCUUUAAGCCUUCACAAAAGAGACACUGAGUUUGGUAAUGUCUACAUACAAAUGGUGUGGCCAGCAAAUGUACUGAAUAA